AGAUGCUGCUCUGGGCCCCCAACAGCCGGUCAAUCAGGACAACUUUUAACUUUCCACUCAAAUUGACCACUGAAAUGCUGCGUUUAUUGAUUUUUCUCAUAUUUCUAGCCGAUUUUUCGCUUUGCCAGGACCCGAAAGUCACUUUUGAGGACUAUUUUCAGUUUGGAAAAAAUGAGUAUACGGAGAGAAAUUGGCCCGAUUGUGUGGCUUUUAUGAAGCGAGCAAUUGAUGAUUUUAGACAAUACCAAGACGACGUGGUGAGUUGCCGCAGAAAGUGUAACCGGCAGAUCAAACCUGCCACGUCAUCCUCGCCAAAAAUCGCAAAAUUCCACGAAACAAGUGAAACUGCACUGUGUCUUUUGAGAUGCCGGAAGGACAUGUUCGGAGAUCAUCAAUCGAUAAAGAAAAUGUCAGUGUACCAUGAUUUAGAGGAGCGCAAGCCGUAUCAGUACAUGCAUAUCUGCUAUUAUCAUCAGGGCGAGCUUGCGAUGGCCGUUCAAUCGGCCUACACGUUUUUGGUCGCAAAUCCGGAUGAUAAGGAUAUUAAGCAAAGUUUGAAUUGGUACAUGAAUCGCGAUGGAUAUUCGGAUGAUAUGCUUAUCGAUAUGGAACGGAAAGAUCAUGAGGCCAAAUUCAUCAACGGCGUCGAGGCCUACGACCAACAAGACUGGGGUCGAUGUGUCAACGAAUUCGAGUCGGCGCUCGAAAAAUCGAUAAUUCAAGACGAAAAGUGUCGGCUGCUCUGCCAGGAUAAAAUCGAUUGGAGCGUCGUUGACGGCAACCCGGAAAUCGAUAUUUUGUUGGCAAGUAUGAGAGCUUCUGUGAUACGCUGUGAGCACAACUGUCUGUAUAAGUUGGCGAGGAUCAACGGGCAUUAUGUAGGACAUUUGUUUGCCGCGCACUUUGAGUACCUGCAUUUUUGUCAUUUUAAGAUGCAGCGGGGCGCUGAAGCGGCUCAAACUGUCGCCAAUUAUCUCCUCUUUGACGACAGCCCAUUGAUGAGACGAAAUCGGUAUUUCUACGGGAAACAGUACAAAAAGAAUGAGCUCUUCACGCCGAGCCAAGAAGUUUUGGAUAUUUAUCGGCGAAGAGACCUUGAAGCCCGAUUUUUAGAGUUUAUGGAGAAGCGAUUCGUGGUGAAGGACGGCGAGCUCCCACCAGAACAAGCCGACGACCGUAACCCGUUAUCACUGGAUAUCCACGUGGAGGAUAACUUCCCAUACGAGCAGAUUCCAAGUUUGAUGACGUCAUCAGAGUGUAAAAUCCUCCGCUCAGCGCUGGACACCAGAGAACGGGACGGGUUUGUGAAGGAGUUGGAGCAAAGAGUCAAGCUCUGGCCAAACUCCUCAUAUUCCAAUGUGACCUGUGGGAGCCCAGUCCGUGAAGCCCAGUGCUCCAGAGCCAUCGUCUUUUCGGCGGAGCACAAUGACUGUGGAGAAUGGCUGGGCAAAUGGUUCAACGGAUGUGCUGUCGUGUUUUGUGAUGAGAAGAAGAUUAUUGAUUGAUUUUUGUGCACUUUUUUUGACAUUGAAACUAAUUUAUUUUGUUAAUUUUUAAAAAUUGUAAUACCAAAAAAGAAAUCCAAGAGUUAUGUAGAAAAGAUGAAACAGACAAUUGUUUUAUUUUCAAAAUUUUUAUUAAAAUUGCACUGUUUCACUAAUUUCAUAUAAGGAUUGAAAUUGUUAAAUAACUAAUCGAAAGGUUGUAAAAUUGAAAAAAAAAACAUUGACAUAAUUUUCAAAUGGUUUUUAGUUGAUUUUUCAAAAAAAAAACUUCUAAAUACAGUGAAAAAAGAACAAUUUUGCAAUUCUGGUGCUCAGAAUAUUAAAACUAUUUAUCGUUUGAAUUUUCAGAAAAUGCUGAAACAGAAAAAUGUUCAAAAUUAUUUUUUCCAACUAUUUUCAAGAUGUGUGUAAAUCAGUAAGUUGUACGCAAAUCUGAAACCCAAUAAAAUAAUCUC